AUGUCUGAACCAGUUGAACAACAACCUCCUGUUGAGGCCCCGGAAGAGGUCCCUCACCAUGAAGAAGAAUUACAACAAGAACAACACGUUGAAGAAUCUGUCGCCGCUCCUUCUGAACCACAUCCAGAAGAUAUACCUGAAUCUAUGGACCAGCAAAUGGAUGAACCACCUGCCCACCCAGAACCUCAACCAUACUACCAUCAACCUCCACCACACGAAGGUCACGGUUACUACAACCAACCAGAAGGUGAAUUAUCUACUACAAGAUUAUUUGUUAGACCUUUCCCAUUGGAUGUUCAAGAAUCUGAAUUAAACGAGAUUUUCAGCCCAUUCGGCCCAAUGAAAGAGGUUAAGAUUUUAAAUGGCUUUGCCUUUGUUGAAUUUGAAGAAUCUGAUUCUGCUGCCAGAGCCAUUGAAGAAGUUAACGGUAAAUCUUUUGCUAAUCAACCUCUUGAAGUUGUCUAUUCUAAAUUACCUGCCAAGAGAUACAGAUUGACUCUAAGAAACUUACCAGAAGGUUGUUCAUGGCAAGAAUUGAAAGAUUUGGCUCGUGAACACAAUUUGGAGACUACUUUCUCUAGUGUCAAUUCCAGAGAUUUCGAUGGUACUGGUGCUUUAGAAUUCCCAACUGAAGAAAUUUUGACUGAAGCUUUAGAUAAAUUAAAUAACGUUGAGGUUAGAGGUUCCGUUAUUACUGUAGAAAGAGAUGACAACCCACCACCAAUCAGAAGGUCUCACAGAGGUGGCUUCAGAGGUCGUGGUGGCUUCAGAGGCGGUUUCCGUGGUGGUUACAGUGGCUCCAGAGGUGGCUUUGGCGGUCCAAGAGGAGGCUACGGUGGCCCAAGAGGUGGCUUCCGUGGCGGUUACGGUGCUCCUCGUGGUGGCUUUGGCGGUCCAAGAGGUGGUUACGGUGGUCCAAGAGGUGGUUUCCGUGGUGGCUACGGUGCUCCUCGUGGUAGCUAUGGUGGCCCAAGAGGCGGCUUCCGUGGCGGUUACAAUGGUCCAAGAGAUUCUUAUGGCCCUCCAAGAGGUGACUACGGUGCUCCAAGAGAAUCUUACGGUGCUCCAAGAGGUGAUUAUGGUGCCCCAAGAGAUUCAUACAGAUCCAGAGAAGGUGCUCCACGUGAAAGAUCUCCAACCCGUUGA